AAGGCCGGCUGCGGGCGAGGUGCGGCCCGGAUCCUCCACUCGUGUCCAGAGCGCCAUGGCCAAGCAGGCGACGUGCGACGGAGACGCCAGCCUGGAGCUGGAUCAGGAGAAAUAUGACGCCGAUGAGAACGUGAAGAUUAUCUGCCUGGGGGACAGCGCCGUGGGGAAGUCCAAAUUAAUGGAACGCUUUCUCCUGGAUGGAUUCAAGCCUCAGCAGCUCUCCACCUUUGCCCUGACGCUCUACAAAUACACCGCGACUGUGGACGGGAAGACGGUCCUCGUAGACUUCUGGGACACGGCCGGGCAGGAGCGCUUCCAGAGCAUGCACGCGUCCUACUACCAUAAGGCCCACGCCUGUGUCAUGGUUUUCGACGUCCAGAGGAAAGUCACCUACAAGAACCUGAGCAGUUGGUACAAGGAGCUGCGUGAAUUCCGGCCCCGGAUCCCCUGCAUCGUGGUUGCCAACAAGAUUGACGCUGACAUGAAGGUGACUCAGAGAAGCUUCAACUUCCCACAGAAGUUCAACCUGCCCUUCUAUUUUGUGUCUGCCGCAGAUGGCACCAAUGUGGUGAAGAUCUUCAGUGACGCCAUCAAGCUGGCUGUUGCCUACAAACAGAAUUCGGGGGAUUUUAUGGAUGAAGUCCUGAAGGAACUAGAAAAUAUUGAACUGGAGAAGAAAGAGGACGGUUCAUCUGACAAGGAGGAGAAUGGCUCAGAAGAAAGCCCCCCGUCAACCUGAGCCCGGGGAAUAGGAAGACCUCGUCCCGCUCCCUCACGUAGCUAGAGGCUGCUGUUUCCGCAGAGACUUGGGAGAGCGGCACCCCCUGCGUGGAGGUGACCAGCGGCCGUGCAGGAGGGAGGCAGCCUGACUGAGAACAGCCCUGCUGUUCUGGGUUCCUGUGUGGUGGAUGACUGAGAAGACGUCCGGGAGCAGCUUCCUACCCUUGAGAAGGGAGGAGGCACCCUUUGGUGUGAGCUGGACUCACGGAUGCAGCCGGCCCACGUCUUGGGGAGCCCUCAGCACCAGUAGCGGUAGAUGGCAUCCACCUUGAGAAAUCGUUAUUAA